CAUCCGCAGCCUCUCGCGUCCCUCCCUCUCCCGCCGGCCUCCGCGUUUCAGAAUCCAAGAUGGCGGGAUCCAGGCGAGGGGGUCGCCAGGCCGGAGUCGGGACGCUUCUCUGCGCCCUGUUGCUGUGGCUCGGUCGCUUCGUCGGGGGCGACGGCGUGGGAGGCGACUCCUUGGCCCCCGGCGCCGCGGGCACCCAGGGCGAGCUGCCGCAUCGCCGUUUCGAGUACAAAUACAGCUUCAAGGGACCGCACCUGGUGCAGAGCAAUGGGAGCGUUCCCUUCUGGACCCACGCUGGGAAUGCUAUUCCAAGUUCAGAUCAAAUUCGAAUAGCACCAUCUUUAAAAAGCCAAAGAGGGUCAGUGUGGACAAAGACAAAAGCGGCCUUUGAGAACUGGGAGGUGGAGGUGACGUUUCGAGUGACUGGAAGAGGUCGGAUUGGAGCAGAUGGCUUAGCAAUUUGGUAUACAGAAAACCAAGGCUUGGAGGGCCCUGUGUUUGGAUCAGCUGACAUGUGGAAUGGCGUUGGAAUAUUUUUUGAUUCUUUUGAUAAUGAUGGAAAGAAAAAUAAUCCUACUAUAGUAAUUAUAGGCAACAAUGGAAAAAUCCAGUAUGACCAUCAAAACGAUGGUAUCGGUCAAGCUUUAGCGAGUUGCCAGAGGGACUUUCGGAAUAAGCCCUAUCCCGUGCAGGCAAAGAUUGUGUAUUACCAGAAGACGCUGAUAGUCAUGAUCAAUAACGGCUUUACACCAGACAAAAAUGAUUAUGAAUUUUGCGCCAGAGUGGAUAAUAUGAUCAUCCCCUCACAAGGGUAUUUCGGAAUAUCUGCAGCAACUGGAGGCCUUGCAGAUGACCAUGACGUCCUUUCUUUUCUGACCUUCCAGUUGACAGAGCCUGGAAAAGAGCCACCUACCCCAGAUAGAGACAUUUUGGACAAAGAAAAAGAAAAGUACCAGGAAGAGUUUGAACAUUUCCAACAGGAAUUGGAUAAAAAGAAAGAGGAAUUUCAGAAGGACCACCCUGACCUCCAGGGACAACCUGCGGAUGAUGUAUUUGAGAGUGUAGGAGAUCGUGAGCUAAGACAAAUCUUUGAAGGACAGAAUCGGAUCCAUCUUGAAAUCAAGCAGCUGAACCGCCAAUUAGACAUGAUUCUGGAUGAACAAAGGAGAUAUGUCUCUUCACUGACAGAAGAGAUCUCCAAGAGAGGAGCUGGGGUCCUGGGACAGCAUGGGCAGAUUAAGCAACAAGAAGUGGAUAGUGUUGUGAACGCUCAGCAGGAGAUUCUGAGACAAGUGAACGAAGUGAAGAAUUCCUUGAGUGAAGCGGUCAGGCUGGUGAGCGGGCUGCAGCACCCGGGCUCUGCGGGAAGCGUCUACGAGAGCACGCAGCACUUCACGGACAUCAAGGAGCACCUGCACAUGGUCAAGAGGGACAUAGACAGCCUGGUGCAGCGCAACAUGCCAUCAAAUGAAAAACCGAAAUGCCCAGAACUACCACCGUUUCCAUCAUGUUUAUCUACAAUCCACUUCAUUGUAUUUGUAGUGAUUCAGACGGUGUUAUUCAUUGGAUAUAUCAUGUAUAGGAGUCAGCAAGAAGCAGCUGCCAAAAAGUUCUUUUGACCAUCGUGUUCAUGUAUGUACAUCGUUGACCUGCUGGUCAGUGGAAUGUGGCCACUGGACUGACUUCUGCAGGGAGGGGGAACUCCCCACGAAGGACCCGCUGCUGCGUGGGCACAGCACCCCCUCGCCUACCUCCGCCGUGGGAGGUUCCUGUGCGCACUGUCCACACGGCUGCCCCCCUGCCUCCCUCUUCCCAAGAUGCAGGGCUCACGAAGAAUGCCUCGUCUUGUUUGUUUUGUAACCCAAUUCUUUUUAGAAAUUGGGAUUGCCUGAGACCUGGUCCUGUAUUCCUUUACUCUUCAUACAGCUUACUGAAAAAAAGCAAAGAAAAUGCUUAGAGCUGUUAGGGUCUGGGUAAUAGACUUCAGGGUGCUUUUUGACAUUGUUUUUUCCUUUGAUGAUCAGUGGUACAUUUCACUUUUAAAAGAAAUGGUUAGGGGAUGCUAAGAACUGCUUUUUGCCUGAAAAGUCAAAUGUCCUGUAAAAAUGGUUUUUAAUGGAAAUUAGGCCUGGUAAUGGAUUCAUGUCAUUGUUACCCAUAUUGUUGAAUAUCUUCAUUAUGUUGAUGUCAGUUCAAUAUUAUAAGAAUUUUGUAUUUGUAUUUUAAGGAACUGUUUCUCUUUGUAGAACAUGUGGUUCAGGUCAGAUAGCAUUUUCUGAAGAUAUUUUAAUUUCACAAAAUCUAAACUACAUUUAGGUUGUUUACAUUGUUCCCUGCCACCUGGCAUUCGUGGCUGAGGCCAAGAAGCUGUGCUAGCAGCAGGAUGUAGAUUUCCUGGAGGCAAAAUUUGAAAAAGUAACUGCUUGUGAUUUUUCAUUCUCCUAAGGCCAGAACUAAGGGUGUUGUCAGGCAUGUUUCAGUAAACUUAACCUUGAAAUACCAGACUGGAAGGGCCUUUUAUAUAUAAAAAAUCUUUGUGCAUAGUUUCAGGUAUUAUAGAAGCUAUCUGUGAUUGACAUUUUAAAAAACAGAUCCAAUUUUUUGUCAUCGCUAAUGUCAACUAUUCUGACUUCAGAAUAGUCCGAAGUGCUUGUGUUUCUAGGGGAGUGGGGCAGACUCCGGAACUGUGCUGUUUUGUAAACUAUUGCUGAUGAGCUCUUCCAGAUGUCAUUUCCAGAUGGGGCUCACCGCCUAGAAGCUACAGACCCUGAGCGAGUGCUGGGUGAGCCCGGGCCUCCCCGCACUGCUUCAGGCUGCCUUUUUCCUGGAACCCUGAAGCAAACGUACUGCUGCUGGUUCGCCACCCCUCAGUGCCUGCAGCAUGGAGAGUGCUGUGCCGGCGGCUCUCCUUUGGAGGGCUGACGUGGAGAUUCCUGUUUCAGAGACAUCAUCAUCAUCAUAGAAUUUACUAAUAUUCCAUUUUUACAAAGUAAUGGCUUCAGAAGAAUGUUCAAGAUGUAGGCCGUGGAGUUGGAAAGCCUCUCGAGGUAAAAGGCUGCCGGUGCCAGUGUGACAAAGUCGGCCUCUGUGUCUGGACGUAAAAGGAAUACCAGAUCUAUGCAAGGCUGCUUUUUUAGGUUGCAAUCGGGGAAAAUGGUUCUGGCGGCUCCUAGCACAGGUGGCGACGCUGUCGAGGAAGAGGUGUGUGCAGGAGGCUUCCUUCCACAGCCGGUGAAUUAGCUCGGAAAGCAGUCAGUCCAGCAUCGCACAGCAUGUUGAUC